AUGGAUUUCUCUACAACUGAAACUCUUAUUGAACGCCGUCACAGACUAAAAAGAGAGUCAGCUGCACGUCAAAGUGAAGAACAAAGAGAAAGACGUAAAAGGCAGUAUAGGGAAUCAAAAGCUAGAACUUCUAAAUGUGUUACAUUCUCAACAACUACUGAUUCUUUUGACCAAUUUCAAGAAAACUUUAGUUUUGCUUCAUCUACAAACGACACUAACUUUUUUAUUUCUAACCACAUUACACCACCUACGCUUACAGAUUCUUUUGCCCAUUCUCAAGAAAAUUUUGUUCCUUCAUUUACUAAUGAUACUAGCUCUUCUACAUUUUCUUCUCUUGAUAGAGUUCCGUUACCUCAUUUACGUCAAGAAAUUUCUUCUACAUCAAGUACUAUGGUUGUGCCUCCAUUAUCACAUGCUCAUAGUGUUUCAGUUCCAAAAAUGCAUGUGUAUCCAUUUAAUUCAAGUCGUAUACAGCGUCAUACACUUAGAAAAAUGAAUAUUUCAUGUAGUUCUUGUGGUGCAUUAAAAUGGAUAGAUGAGAGAUGCGCAGAACCACCACCAGUAUUAAAAGCUUAUCUCACUGGCAAUGAUACGCAUUCACGAGAAUUUCGCCAAAAUAUACGUUCUUAUAAUUCAGUUUUAGCCUUUACUUCUUUAGGAGCUAAACUUGAUGAUCAUAUUACAGGAACACGAGGUCCCUAUAGUUUUUCUAUACACGAGGAAGUUCAUCAUCGAAUCGGGUUCCUUCUUCCUCAGUCUUAUGAAGAUCAACCUUCUUUCGCGCAAAUAUAUGUUUUUGAUACUGAAAACGAACUUCAAAACAGGCAUAACAUUAUGUCUUCUUUAAAUCAAGAAACUCUUGCUGACCUUCAGAACAUGCUUCACAUUACUAAUCCAUACGUUCAAGUUUUUCAACAAACAGGCAGAAUACUUCAUCAAAAUCUAUCACAUAAUUUGACGAUAGUCAUUAAAGAUUCAAGAACAACUGAUCCGCGACGCUAUAAUGUUCCAAAUGCUUUUGAAAUUGCAGCUAUUUUAGUAGGCGAUAAUAGUGAAACUGAAUUAUGCAAUUGUGAUAUAAUAUUACGUUCACAUACUGGAACACUUCAGCGCAUUUCUGUACUACAUAGAUCAUAUGCUGCAUUGCAUUACAUUCUUUUGUUCCCUAGAGACGAAGACAGAUGGCAUCCAAAAAUCCCAUUUUGUGAUGAAACUCAAAUUUUAUCUCAACCCAUUGCAAUUUUCCAAGAUCCACAUGAAGAUGAUACAAUAGACGAUGACGAUGUUGCAGACCAACACUACGUUACUAUAAUGCAAUAUUAUGCUUAUAAAUUACAGUUUGGUCACCCUAGAGAAGAAAUAAGUCUUCACCUUACUGGACGUUUAUUUUAG